UUCUCAUUAUUUGAGAUUGCAUGAUGAAUUGGCUAAUGUGGUAAAUCAAUUGUGUUUAAGGCAUUGAUCAUUGGCUGAGGUCCCGAUGACUUCAGAAAUACAGGCCGCACCUUGCAGGAUGGAUGUGGUUGAGAGGAGCUACUGCACUCAACCAGGCUGGCGUUUAGCUACUUCUCAGGAAGCAAAUGACAACCUUGAAAUGAUAAAACAACAGGGUCUUCUCAAGGGACGACAAAAAGCACGUCUUCUUGACGGCUGGAUAAGCCGGGGACGUGGUGGCCUCCGAAUCGGAGAUGACUUCAGAAGAAAUUUGGGACACAUGCUUGUUAUUCAAAUUCAGCCAUCACUAAGCAACAGCUCAGGUAAUUCGGAUUCCGCAAGGAGCAUAUACUCAGAUUUUGCACUCACCCUCAAACGAAGACAAGUUGCACUACUUUUGUGUGCGUAUGACUGGAAUUACGAAGUUGUGUACUGGCUUCUCAACUGUUGGGAAAGAGGAGAUACUUUUAACCCAGUAUAUGUGAGAGAAGGGAACAUAUCUUUCAGCAAUAAGACGACAUUUGUAGAGAUGAACAAAAUGAUAUGUAGCUUGGGCAGAAUACUGGGCGAAGAGGGACUUGCUAGUCAGAAAGUGGAUACCAGAGCACUUUCUAAAGAUUCGGUUAAAGAAGUGAUGGUUAGCAUGGGAAAGUCGUGUUGGGACAAGUUCAGUGGGAAGCAUAAGAAGAUCCUGGGGCAAACGUUUCUAGAAAUGGUAGAUGGAUUUACCAUUGACACAAUAGAGCAAUGCUCAGAAGUGAAUUGGUUUCAGGAUUUUGCCUCUAAAGAAGACACAUCAAAUAUCUGGAAUUUCUUGUGGUACUACAUCUACUCUAAUGUUGUAGCAAGCAUUGUACAUAUAUGCUUUGCUUUACUGGUCAAAGAUUUGGGCACUGAAAUGUUUCAGGCAAGAAGUCAAAAGGAUUUCAUUAUGUCAACCGCCAUAAUCCAUUAUGUCCUUGAAUAUGAGAAAGAUGAGGGAGAGGGGAUUCUAGCACGGGCAUGGAAAGAUACAGCAGGUGAUGGUAGGCAACGUUUCAAAGAUAAACUGAAAAAUCGAUCUUUCUACCACUACGAUGCAUCUGGAGAUUAUCCUGUCCUCAACAAGAUUUUAAUCUAUGCAGCGAAGAAUGAAGAUAGCUUAUUGGUGAACAAGGUAUUAGAUUGGGGCGCCCAGCCACAAGCGAAUCUUGGCCCAGAGCAACAGAAUAUGGCUCCAAGAUAUGCUAUCGAGCAGUGUAGAAGUAACGAGAUUUUGAGAAAUCUUUUUGACAAAUGUCCUUCAAAAGAAGAGUUCGCCAAUGCAAAAAACGAAGAAGGAAAGAGUGCUCUUCAUUUGGCGUGUUGUUAUGGUGAUUUAGACAUGUGUUAGAUGGUUCUUCAAUACGGCGGAA